ACACUGACAGUCCCAAAAAUUGUUUACGUUCCAUGAAGUUGCAAAAAGUGCAAGGAAAAGGUUUUUUUGAGGAUUUAUUUAACAUAUUUCCUGGGAUUUAAGGAUGAACUUCCCACCUGUAACCUCACGAGCCUUUAUGGCCAUGCAGAAUUUGAAUGUGGGCGAAUUGGCAAUGUGUGGCCCACAAGAAAUUCGCCCAAUUCUUCCAAGUCUCGUGCGGAUGACCCUUCUUCAGGCAACAGACAACACCCAGGAGUGGACAGAAGCACGAAAGCAGAUUCUUUCCAUCCUCGUUGGUAUUGAGCAUGCCAACAACAUCGUGUCCAUUCUUCAGAUAAAUUAUCACGAAUUGGAGGCGGAUAUAAAGAAGGAGCAGCAACUGAGGCAGAAGCUGGGAACAACACAGAAUGAAUCUUCACACUGUGUCUGCCUGCAGAAUGGAGCUGCAAUGGGAUUCGAGAGGGCAGAUGUGGCACGAAAGGUGCGUGUUGUGCUGUCGGAACUUUUCUACAUUCAGGCACAAAUUGCGGAGCAGAAUCAGCAGGGAGCUGCGAGGAAUACAACGGAAUCCCUUGUGCGGGAGUCUGAGCUGUUUGACAAUGAGAUCUACUUGGAGGAGGUCACAGAUAUCAUCUGCAUAGCCUUAGCUGAGCUUCCAUCGCUUCUCAAUAUUCAGGAGAUUGUGGAUAUUUUGCUCUUUGUGAAUAAUGGAGCCAAUGUGAUCUGCUGGAUUAUUGCAAAUAUGCCUGAUUGCUUCAAGGAAGUCACAGCUUCGUUGAUAUCCAAUGGGGAUGAGGACACAGCUGAUGGGAAGCUACGACUACACGUUCUCACGGCUCUGUGUGAAAUGAACCCCAGUCAGGCACUCUCGACACGAACUCUCUGCGUGGAAUUGUCGAAGAUGCCUUCAUUGAUGCUGAAGCUGAGUCUCCGUGAUCCUCAGGAUUUAAUUGCAUUCGUAUCUGGGCUGUUGCUGGGCAAUGAUCAGAACACUCGUUCGUGGUUUGCACAGUUCGUACGGAGUAGUCAGAAGCGAAAGAGCGAUGCCCUCCAGCUCGUGCGUGAGGAGCUCCAGAAGCAGCUGCAGAGUAUUGUUGUGUUCUCCCUGAAUUCAGAGCUUCCGGAUGAGUAUGUGGUGCAGGCAUCGACCCUUUUGCGUCUCUACUGCGCACUGAGGGGCAUAGCUGGUGUCAAGUUCAACGACGAUGAAAUUCAUCUUCUCAUUCAACUUGUCACGAGCAAACCACCUCCAACUCCGGCAGGAAUACGUUUUGUCUCCCUCGGACUCUGCAUGCUCAUCGCCUGUCCAUCGUUGAUCUCCCAGCCGAAUUUUGAGGCCAAAGGAAUUGAAUGGAUGCAGUGGCUGAUCAAGGAGGAAGCCUACUUUGAGAGCAACAGCGACAUGGCUGCUUCCUUUGGGGAAAUGCUCCUCCUCAUGGCAAUUCACUUUCACAGCAAUCAAGUUCCGGCAAUUGGGGAACUGGUCUGCUCCACCCUCGGCAUGAAGAUCCCCCUGAGACCCAAUAACACGACGCGCAUGAAGCAAAUCUUCACUCAAGAAAUCUUCACGGAAGCCGUUGUAACUGCUCAUGCUGUGAAGGUUCCCGUGACAGUUAAUCUCAAUGCUGACAUUUCGGGAUAUCUGCCCGUUCACUGCAUUCACCAACUCCUCAAAUCACGAGCUUUCUCGAAGCACAAAGUUCCCAUUAAGAGUUGGAUCUACAAGCAAGUCUGCAACUCUGCAACGCCCCUGCAUCCAGUUCUACCUGCUCUCAUUGAAGUUUAUGUCAAUUCUAUCAUUCUGCCCAAUGCAAAGGGCCCUGUGGAGCACACGCACAAACCUCUGAGUGAACGAGAGAUUCUCAAAGUGUUUGAAAAUUCAGUUCCAGGAGCGAAUUUUGAUCACAAAAAACGAAGCUAUACGUUUGAGUUUGAAAUGGAAGCUCCGGAUGCGAGUGAGGAGGAACUUGUUGGUGUUCCGAGUAUCACAUCACAGCUGCUGCUGCUCUACUACCUCCUGCUGUAUGAGGAUGUUAGGCUGAACAAUAUGGCCAAUAUCCUGCUCAAUGGACGAAAGGUUAAAGCCUACACGAUGGACUUUAUGUCUGAGCUACCGAUUAAGUAUCUCCUGCAGCAGGCACAGAAGAAUCAACGAAACUUUGGUGGUCUCUUCUCUCCACUUUUGCGCCUCCUGGUCACGCAUUUUCCUCAUCUCUGCCUCGUGGAUGACUGGAUUGCCGAAGAAACCAUCACCCUGGAAUCAACCAGCCGCAGUGUAAUCACUGAGCUGAAUGUUGUGGAAGCUUUCGAAGAGUUGGAGAUUUCUUCAAUUAAAGCUAUUCGGCUCAUGAGGAGGAUGCUGAAAAAAACCCCAAAAGAUCUCUGGCCAUUGGCGGGUACAUUUAUAAAGUACUUCAAAAACAUUCUCCGUGACGACACGCCGCGCCUCGUAACGGAGCUCUACAAGCAAGUCUGGGUGCGUCUCAACACCGUCCUGCCACGGCGUCUCUGGGCAAUGUCCAUCAAUGCUCUCCUGCCGGAGGAUCAGCUCAUAAAGAACUUCACCCUGGCACAGGAGGCACCAUGUGUCGAUGCUCUGCAAGUGCUGCGAUGCGAUGAGAGGAUUUUCCGCUGCCCUGAUGCCCUUUCGAUUGUUCUUCGCAUCCUACAGGCUAGUCUUGCGGCGUCCAAGAGUCAACUCUCCCGACAUAUCCAGGAUAAACCGUUGAUGGAGAAAACGGGACAGAUUCAGUCGGAGGCUGAGCGUGAAGAGCUCAAGAUGGCUCUUGUGUACUCCCAGGAAACUGUGGCAGUGCAAAUUCUCCUUGAAGCAUGCCUCGAGACGGAGAGCGAUCGAACGCUUCCGGGAAGACUUUGGGCUCUGCGGGAGGUGCGUGGUAUCAUCUGCUCCUACAUCCAUCAGGUGUUCAUAUCGGAGAUUACGCUGGCAAAGUUGGUGAUGUUCCAGGGAUUUCACAGAGAUCUCCUGAGUGUUGUGGUCAAAGGGAUUCCCUCAAUGCACGUGUGCCUACACUACAUCCCUGAAUUACUGAAUAUGCCCGAAAUGGAGAAACAAAUCUUUGCCAUUGAUCUCGCAUCGCAUCUCUCCAUUCAGUACUCACUUCCCAAGUCGCUCAGCAUUGCUAAACUCUGCAUCAACACCCUGUCUACAUUGCUAGGAAUUCUCUCCGGAGAUUCCCGUAUUGAGAUGUUCAGAGCUGUCCUGCCGUGCAUAGUGCGCUUUUCCGAAGCAUUCCCACCACUAAUCGAUGAUUGUAUUUUCUUCCUCAUGCAAUUGGGCAGGAUUGCGGAUUCUCAAGCAGCUCUUGGUCGUUCAACGGCACUCAAUGCCAAUGCCAGCGUUGAAGCGAAGAAUACAACAUCCGAUGCUGAGAAACUCGUUGCUGAAGUUAAGGAAACCUUUUCAAAUCUCCUCAAACAUGCUGUACUAUCACCCAAAAUCUACUAAAGAUCUAACUAAAGAAUUAACGAGAAACUUUUUACUUAAAA